CUGAUUGUUGUUGAACUGCGGGCCCCACAACAUUUCCAACUAGGGGCGUUGCGACGUGCACCUUUUGAUUGCCGACACAAUGCUCCGCAACGCAGCUAGGCGGCUUCUGGCCGUGGGCCAGCGCAGCAUCAGCACGUCAGCAAAGAGCCUGGAGGAGGCUGUGAUCCCGGCCGGCCCGAAGGAGUUCGCUGAGGCCUGGAACAAAAAGGCGCCUUCCACGCUCGCAGUGCCUGAGUUGCCGAGCAACUUCACGAACGUCAGCACGGAACCGCAGACCCAGGGAGAUCUGUUCCCUGUCAACUUCUACACUCCGCAUAGCGUCCUUUCUGAUGGUGCCAAGAAGGACGGUGUGACGCUGCCGGGCAUUGAUGGCUACUUCGGCAUUAAGGCCAACCACGUUCCAAUUAUUGCUCAGCUGCGGCCUGGGAUUGUAGAGCUGUCUAGCGGCCCUGAUACGGAGAAGUUUUUUAUCAGCGGCGGGUUCGCCUUCGUCCACCCGAACGGUGUUGCCGACAUCUGUGCGCUGGAGGCCGGUACGCUAGACCAAUUCGACCCAGCCCAGGUCAAAUCAGCUCUGGCUGCCGCCACGUCUGCUCAGGGCCAAGGCGACGAGUAUGACCAGGCUGCCAACAGGGCAGCUCUGGAGCUGUACGGAGCGCUUGACUCUGCGCUGGACAAUAAGGCGUAAAGCAGCUACGGCCCAGUUUCGCUUGCCGGAUGGCUGGACAGCGCAUAGCCAGGGGUUGCGGCGUUUUGCUCAUGGAGCAGGGCGGCCGACUCGCUUUGGUUACACCAAACCCCCGGUCGCCCGCCAAAGGGGGGUGGGCAAGAGGCUGCGUAAUGGUGCAGCAUCAUCGGCACUAAUCGGUCGGUCACAGGGCUAUGCAGCUCGUGGUAUGGGGCCAUUACGCUGCGUGGUAGUUGAUCUUGAGAUUUCAUCCCAUCAUGGCCCAAGGAUGUGUACGCAAGUAGCUUGCAUCAUAUUCUGAGGAGCAAGUUAUGGACCAUUUAUGGGGCAUAGCCUUUUCGUGCGCGGCUUAGCUUGUCUCUGCUUAGCUUGUCUCUAGGCAAGCCUGCUGUCCAUGAGGGGCGGCGCUGCGAAGGCUUUCAUGAGAAGUAGCGUGCUACGAUGAUCGGGACACCGGGCUUGCGCUCAGCUGCGAUGUGAUGUGAUGUGUGCCGUGUGUUUUUUGAAAGCAUGGCUAAAAGGGGUUACAGGCCCGUUUGCCCCGUCUGCAUUUGGGAGGUUAGAGAAAAGCGCGUUGGCAUACCCCACCAUGCUAUGCCAGGAUGUAAAGUUGAUAGCGAUUG